CUUUAAAAUUAAUAAAUGUCUUAAAACUUCUGAAAUGCACCUUGUACACGCUGGCAUGGCUGUGUAGUAAGAAGCUUGAAAUUGAUCGGCAGGCGUCGUUGCUCCUCUCAUCAAUAUCAUAUUUUGUUAUUUCAUCUCAUUUGUGUCUAGCCCGCAUUGCUUCUAUCUUUGUACUGCCCUUGUGGCAAAUUUCAUGAAAUAAAGAAGCUUCCUUCUGCGCGUGUGUCGGGUUAUUUGCUGUCUGGAUUUUGUAAGAGUCGGACGUGGUUUUUUGUGUUGCUUAGAAGAUGUACUCAGACCUUGACGGGUCUGAGUUAUCAUCGGAAGAGGAGGAGCUGGUUAGGGCGGUCAUAAAGAUGGACGGAAAGUUGAAAAAAAAAGGAGUUUUGUUGAAGCCAUGGAGGUGAAGCGAAGGGAACUGGACUUGGCUGGUCUGAAGGAGUACAAGAAGAUAGCUCAGAAGGUGGGCGGCGACGUGAAGUUGUCGCCCCCCAAAGGAAUUAUGGAGAGGAAGGUGUACUCGUUGAAAGGAAAAAAAAGCAGAGCAGGUGGAGGCAGACGUGGAAAAGGCGCUGAGGGAACAAACAAAGGAGAUAACGUAAAUAACCAAAGGAAGAAGAUAUGGGACAAUGGUCGUCCAAUUUAGGACAGUAGAGGAAGCUGGCGUGUGUGGCGGUGAAAAUAGAGGAAGUAGUGCUUCUGCUCACAUACCUGAGAAGAAAGACUUCCAAGGUGAGGGUAGAAGCAAUUCCACCGGAUAUAGAAGUGACUUGGGUAGCGGCAGCCAUCCUUGUUGGAAGCGAGAAGAAGGUGGCUGUCCUCCAAGCCACAGAAACGGAAGGAGGGUGGAAAGGAAAGUCACUUGAACUCAUUAUUCAGACGGAGGAGGGUCAACUGGAGCACUUGGCAGUGACGGUGACUUUGGGGGAAAUCGUGUUGAGGGUGUGGGUAGAGGGCAGAGUACCACGUUGUUUUAAAUGUGGCCAAAAGGGCCACAUUAGAGCAUACUGCUCUCUACAGAGGACAAUGGCUGAGAAAACAGUUGUGGAGACGGAAGAGAAAAAGAGGAAGAAAAGACAGAUGGAGGAAAAGGAGGAAGAAUGAAAAGUUACAGAGAGCAGGAGAAAGAGAAAAAAAAAAGAAAAAAACUGAGUAUGAUAUGGUACCCCAGUCCAACUCCAUUCCACCCAAGACCACUCAGACCCACCCUCCCCAUACAGACACCAAACCCACCCACCCCGUUUCCCUACAAGAAAAAGAACAGACACCACAAAAUUUAGAGCCUCUCCCGGUGAAAAAGGUUACGAAUGAUGUCACUAAGUAAUGGAGAAAGGGGAAAAAGGAUUGGACUGAAGGAGAAAAAGGACAUAGGACCCAGAGGCAGCGAGUGGUGUUAUUCAGUGUGGGUUGGGACUAAUAUACGUUUUUAACCUGAUUGUUGGUACUGGAGCUCUUGCAAUGCCUAAGUCUUUCCACAGUGCUGGUUGGCUGCUGAGUAUCAUCUUCCUUGUUAUACUAGCAUUCAUUAGUUAUCUGACGGUUACCUUUGUCACAGAAGCCAUGGCAGUUGCUAAUUUUAAAUUAAAGAUGGGUCGUAACAAUAAGAGACAUAAAAAUGAUGCCAUCGUGUAUGAAAAUAAUGAAGAACAACCACUUUUGGAUCAGGAAGAUGAUAGUGAUGGCAAUGCUAACAAAUUGUAUGAUAUCACAGAGAGAGUUGAAAUGGGUCACAUGGCAUCAAUGUUCUUCAACAAAGUUGGUGUACUAUUUUUCUACAUCUGCAUAAUAGUUUACCUGUAUGGAGAUUUGGCAAUUUAUGGAGCAGCUGUUCCAAAAUCUUUAAGGAAUUUAGCUUGCACCACCAACUUAACAGACACUAAUAGAACUGUAAGUGAUGAUGACAUCUGCUGGCCAGGAUCUGAUAUCUCUCGGAAGAAUGCUUACCGUAUUUUUAUUGUUGUAUUUGCUUUAGUUUUGGGUCCAUUUACCUUUUUUAAUGUUCAAAAAACCGGAUAUCUUCAGGUUUUUACCUCAGUCUUUCGAUGGACAGCAUUUACUAUUAUGGUUGUACUGACUGCUAUUCGAUUAGGCCACGGUGAAGGGAAAGGCCAUCCACCAAUUUUUAACUUUUCCGGAAUUCCAAAUCUGUUUGGUGUAUGUGUGUACUCAUUCAUGUGUCAUCACUCCCUCCCAUCAUUAGUGACACCAAUCAAGAACAAAAACCAGAUUUUCAAUCUUCUAGCAGCAGACUACUUCUUAAUUUUACUUUUCUAUGCCUUGCUAUCAUUUACAGCCAUUUUUGCAUUUGAUAAUAUUAAUGAUGUCUACACACUAAAUUUCUUCCCAAAUUCAAACAGUGAUUCACAACAGUUAAUAACUGACAGUAAAUUUCUCCAAUAUUUCCUCCUUCUUUUUCCUGUGUUUACACUCAGUACAAAUUUCCCAAUUAUAGCUGUUACACUUCGGAACAAUUUGAAAACAUUGUUUUUUAAUCCCGAGAAACCAUACCAUUGGUUUAUAGAUAGAAUCUUCUUCCCAUUGCUUGCUAUCAUACCGCCUUUGAUUAUAGCUAUCAUCACAGAUGAAGUAGAAUUCCUCGUUGGAAUUACAGGUUCCUAUGCUGGCAGUGGAAUUCAGUAUAUCGUUCCAGCUUUGUUAGUAUAUUUUGCUCGUAAAGAAGAAUUUCUAACAAUUAACCCUUUACCUAAAAACAAAAUGUCUAUGUUCAAAAGUAAAUAUUGGGUGUGGUUUGUAAUGGUUUGGUCAGCUUUUUGUUUAAUUUUUGUUACUGCAAAUCAUGUCAUUUUAAAAUCUUGAUAUUAUGGAUAUUUAUCAAACAGGUGAAGAAAAAGUUCCUCUUCAAUAAGAGUCUAGCAACAGAAGACUUUUAGUAUAAAAGAACAAGCUAUAACUUAUAGAUCUGUUUCGCUGAUGUUUUAUCACACAUUAAAUAUUUGAAGGGAAAGAAAAUUACAAAUAUGUUAUGACCAAUUUUAUUUAAACUAUUUUAUCUAUGAAGAACAAACCUAUUUUUAAGAACAAUAACACAGGUGAAGUUAUCUAGGAAGUAUCAAUUGAUGAUGCAUGUGGACUUUAUAGUUACAGCUUCUAAAAGAUCUGAAUACUCAAUUACUUUAAAAAUUCUUAAAAGAGAUUACACCUUGUAUAUUGCUAGAUUUUAAGAUUCCUAACUUUUAGAGCAAGCAACAAAAGCAGACUAACAAUACUGACAUUUUAAUCAUUUAAAAAAUGUUUAUUUAAAAAAAAAAAAUCUUUGCUUUAGGUAUAAAAAUCAAUUUUGAAACGGGUAUGUGAUUGUUAUAAUCAACCUCAGUGUCUUACUAUGACUGAUUUUAUCAUUACUAGAAGUGGAGAAAGACAAAACCAAAGUCUAAUUUCAGCUUUGAAUCACCAAAGAUGAAAUUACUGUAUCUAAGUUGGUGCUCCAUAUUGGAGAUUUUGAUUAUUAUAAACUAGCUACUGUCAUAAAGAUAGUGAUUAGAAAGGAUUAGAAUGCUCCUAAAUAUUAAUUAUUUCUUGGGGAAUUGAGAUUUUUAAAAUAAAGAUUUUUGAAUUAUAUUUAUCACUUUAUACAUUUUUUUUCAAUCUCUGAAUUAUGAGACAUACUGAAUACAAUACCCACUCAAAAAUUGAUGCUUGUAAAUGUUUGGUUAAAUGGUUUCAAAGUAAGGCAACAUCAAAUUAAUUGGCCAAAAUAUUUUUUUAUACAUAUAUAUAAUUAAUGUUUAGUGAAUUCUGAACAGGUAUUUUACAAGUAUAAAUCUAACAUUUAAAUCUGCUUCAGAGAAGAGGGAAAUAAGUUUUUCACAGUAGCUAAAUGAUAUCAAAUAUUUUGAUUUCAUUUGAAUUACAAAAAACAGGAUUCCCUAAUCACAAAGUGGCAGUAGGUUUUACUCCUUAUAAAUUUAAAUUCACCGUUUCCAAUAAGUUAUUACUGUGAUUUACAAACAACUAUUUCUUAUAUCACCAUCCAUCCACAAAUGUGAAUCCUAGAAUUUGGGAUAUUUCUUUCAUUCGUUCUUGUCAUACUUUUCUAAUAACAUACAGUUUUACAAUGACAAAUUUUUUGAUUCAUAUAUUUUAAUAAAACUGAAAAAACUGGA